AUGAGGUGCACCAGCGUGGCUAUCCUUUCUUCUGCACUCCUGGCGAGCAGUUCCGACGACCAGUGUGCCAUGCAGCUGGGGAACACAUUGGCGAACAGCAAGGCCAACAAGUCCGAUGCGGAGGACUUCGUGAACCGCAUGGUGCAACAGUUCCUAAACUACCCUGUUCCGGCAGUCAACGCCGAUGUCUCAGUGAGCCGACCACUCGUCUUCAUGCACCAGUACCGGGCAGGCGGCACAACCCUGCGCAAGCUUCUGUAUAACGUCUCCAUCAACGCAGGUCUGAAGCCUCACAUUGCUUGCUCCGGUGGCGUGGAUUGUCGAGAGUUCCACAUCUCAGAGGCUAGCUCUUCUGUGUACGGAGGGCACUUUUGCUGGCACCAGACCUUGCACCGACUCGGAGAGGACAAGCAGCCUUCUUGCCUUACGAACUUCCGUGACCCUGAGGCUCGCCUCAUAUCCUGCUACACGGAUCGACUUGUCAAAACCAAGAGGGUGGCCCCCUGGUGCAUGAGUAAGCUGGCCCCAGAGAAGCUUCGGUCCAUGCUGGUGAAUUAUGGCUGCGUUGGGGCAGUGUGGCCUGAUCUCAAGGGUGGCAACAAGGUCUGGAAUGCUACACUGGAGACCUUGGGGCAGUGCGUCCCCAUCCUGGUAGACCAGCACGACACCUUCAAGGCUGCGGUCAACACCUUCCCGCAGUUCAAGACCGUUUUCUGGGCCCUCAAGAACCUGACGCUGAAUCAGAAUGCCUACGCCCCGAACUGCCACAUCCCGGACACUCACCGCCAGGUAGGCCGUCCGAAACACUGGGUGCCCAGUGUCAGUAUGAACGAACUGCUUGGCACCCGAGUCGCUGUCAUCAAGGAACUCGCGGAACCGGAAUCGCUUCUGUACGCGGCUGCCAAGCAGCGCGCCCUGCGCAUCCAGUUGUCUUCCUGCUACUCCCACCCUUACGCCGCCUCCUCCAUGAACAAGAGCACCUUCUACCACUCACUCCUCUCACUCCUGCUCUACAACCAGUGCGGCAACCCUUUGUCCCUGGACCUUCGCAUUUGCCAAGCCGUGCUCCCUUUUUACCCAUGCCAUGCAGACAUCUUGGGGCGCGAAAGGCCAGUGCUGGACACCCAGGGCCUGCGGCGCAUCCUUGGCGACGUGGCUAAGGAGGCGGUCACAGAGAUCUCCCGCGGAGAUCUCUGCAUGCGGCACCUACUGCGAAGUCUAGGCACGGAGCUCAGGAAUGUGGAGGGCCUAGGAAGCGGCCAGCAGUUGCAGCCGUUCCCUCUGCCGGAGGCUGCCCAAGCGCGAAAGCUCCCCAUGACAAUCCGCCAGUUGCGAGAUGUCUCUUGGCCUGAAGACUCGUUGAGGUACGAGAAUAGGAGCUGGACGAGCAUGACGAGCGUGCCAUCAAACAACGGAACAGCUUCAACAGGCAUUUUCUCCUGCAAUGUGAACAAGGGCACAUGCCUCGAAACCCUGCACAGUCGUCUGGCACAGAGCUUGCUGAAGGCCCUGACCACCCUGGGGGUUGGGACCAGCGCUUGCUGCUCCUUGGGCCACGGCAUGGAUCGCGUUCCGCUGCCCAGCCUGGCCAGGGCUCCAGAAACCUUGGGUCACUUCUGCCACCGCUGCAAGCGCACCGCCGACGAUCUCCUGUGCUCUGCCGGCCAGGAGGCGCCCUACGAGCCUUGGUGGAAGUGCCGUACCUGUGAGGCCAAAAGCCGCUGCUUCCUCCUCUGCGCAGAGUGCGGACGCUGUGCGCAGGGCAGCGCUACCGAGGCACUCCUGUCGAAGCCAGUGACCCAGAGCUGGAAUAACUGCAUGCAGCUGCUACGUGAGUUUCUCAGUCCUUCGGAGUACGUGCAUCGGGCAUCAGAGACGGGAUCAGCUUGUGACGGGCUCACGGUGGAGGCGGCAGAGACAGGAGAUGCAUCUGGGACAGCUGAAAGCGAAAUCAAAUGGCUCGAAGUGGUCAACCAGGACUCGUCGGCCCUGACUUCUGAGAUGGAGCUUCCGAGCAGCAAGAGCCAGAGGUGUGAUAGCGCCAGGUCUGGUAGCCAAAGGUCUGGCAGUGGAAGCGUCAGCAAGGUCAAGUCUCCCCAACACCUGCCAGGUCCCGACAACUGCCAGCGAGUGGACAAUGCAAGCGGCGUAAGAACCCCACAAAGCCCUGACGCCCUGCCCAGCGAAGGGGCCGAACAAGUGGACGAGCAAUUGCACGAGGCCGCUCCAAGCCCAGAGACCGUUCCACCUGUUCCGAGUGCUUCAUCGGAAAAGAGCGUGCCGCAACCAGAUCCAGAAGCUGGUCCAGAUACGCCUGAUGCGGGGGAGAGCGAUGGUCAGUCGGGUUCUGCCGAGGCUCGAUUUCAAUUUCCGGCAACCUUCCUGACCUGCCCAGACGAUGCCAGCGUGGUGAGCAGUGUCUCUGUGGAGGAUCCACAGGCCGAGCCAAUGCCGGAGCCACGGGAGACGUUGGACCCAACCCGCCCUUUGGGCCUGGACCUCUUCGUGAAGCCGGGCGAUCUUUGGCCAGGUCCUCGGUUUGACUUGAAACAGACGCCACGACCCAUGGCGGCUCCCGCGAAAGAGUCGGAGCAGCGAUGGGUCCUCGAUUUACCAAAGACGCCUGUGGUAGAGCGAAGGACGUUCACCAAGAAGGCGAAGCUUCCUGUUGGACCUGGCUUGGAGAAGGCCUGCACAGGGUUUAGGGUUUAA